AUGUGCAGUGCAGCCCCUCAAAAAAAGAUGGGGGUUUAUGUGAGGAUGCUUCAAGAAACCAGAAGUAAAGUGAGGAAUCUCUUGAAGAAUACUCAUCAAUUGCGAGCGGAGGUUGAGAUUAAAGAAUUGUCCUGCAUUUAUGAUUUUGACAGCAGAGAAAGUAUUCCUGUUGUCAAAUUUGUUGUGAUACUUUAUGAACAGGAAGAUCUGCUUCUCCCUUGCUCUUCAGUUGCUGUGUACAAAAAGUGGAUUCCAAAUACUAAUUUUGAAAAUGCUGCUAACUGGGAUCAAAACCGAGUUCCAUGUGCUAAGGAUGCUGUUCUUUUUGGGAGUAGUAAGAUUGUAUCAGUUUUUGUCCAGGCAUCCCACUCUUUGACAGACAUAUACCUUCCGUUGAAUGGAGAAUUCAUUAUGGCCCCCGCUGCUGGGUUUGCAGCUUUCGACGGCAAUUACAAUCCAGGAUGUGAGACAGCUUCAGAAAUCACAUUUAAAAGUACAGACAAUUAUGAAUGGCAUGAUCCUACAUUAUGGCAUGCUGCAACCUCUUUGGAAAACUUAGAUCUGGGCAAAUACAUUUUCCUUGUUGAUGAAGAACGAGUUCCCUGCCAGUAUGACGAUGUUAUUUUUCAGCCUGAAACCUCCUUCCGAGUGAACAUCACCUCUGAGCAAAUGAUACAGCUUAAGAGCAUUUCAAUCAUGGGGCAGAACUUCACCAGAGACAGUACCCUGGCAGAAUACAUGCAGAGCUCUUCUGCAAAACUUCAGUUCCAUGGACAAGGGACACUCCAGUUGUCACAUACCAGAUGUCCAGACAAAUCCGGCUGUGAAUGUGGAAACUCAGCAGCCCAUCUGUCAGACCUGCCUCAGCUUGAACCUCUAAGGGUCAUCAUUACCUUAACAUACUCUGCUGAUUUUGACAUUGAACUCUAUCGAGACAGAAUAUUCCAUACUUUUCUGAAUCUGCCCAGGAAUAAAGGUAUUCAGAUGGCCAUGUCCAAGAGGAAAAAAUUGCAGACUCCCUUGAAAAUUGUGCCACGUGGCUUAGACUCAAUCAUCCAGAUUGUGCUAAUUGACAAUAAAACAGGACCCUAUGCUGGCACUCAUGCUGAACAGCUGGCUAAUGACAUCCUGAAGGAUAUAGCAGACCAUGGAAAAUUCUUUGGCAUUGUGACAGCCAACCUACAAGUAGCCACUGGUAACAACUGGAGUGCUCAAGGAAUCAGCAGCUAUCUUGGCCCUACGGUCACUGGGAUUGUCAUAGGAAUCUUCCUUCUCCUGCUUUUUCUGGGAAUUAGUCUUCUUCUUUAUAAAAAUGAUGCAUUAAGAUCUCUCUCCUCUCUGAAUCUUUCCUCUGUGUGGAACCAAAAAAGGGAUCAAGAAGAUUUUGGUGGGACAACUGAGGAAGGGUUUGAUAAUCCCAUGUUUGACACACCAAGUUACCCAAGUGUUUUAGCCAAUAGACAUUCUGUGGAGGAAACUCAAGAUGAGGUGGCAAACAGAAAUAGCAGACUUUAUUACAUUAACCCUUUAUAUGAUGAAAUAGAACUUAAUGUUUAA